UUUCACGUGGCAUUAGGGGCGAGGACCUUUCCGGAUGCCCCGCGGACCCUGUGCUGGGGAAGGAGCGGGGCUCUCCGCCUGAACCCACUAGCUGGGCUUUUCCCGCAGCUCUGAGCCAGGCAGAUGAUGCAACCGACCCCCACUGCUUGCAUCAGACAGGGGUCCCGGGCAGCGGGAGGUGGAAAGGCCUCUGCAGAGAUGCGGUCAGCUGGUCCGGAUGGCCACUCGGGCUCAGCACAGCGAGGCGGCCCAAACUCACACUGGGGAAGCCACUGGGGGCUGGACAGGCCAGGAGAGUCUGUCGGACAGUGACCCUGAGAUGUGGGAGCUGCUACAGAGAGAGAAGGACAGGCAGUGUCGUGGCCUGGAGCUCAUUGCCUCAGAGAACUUCUGCAGCCGAGCUGCGCUGGAGGCCCUGGGGUCCUGUCUGAACAACAAGUACUCGGAGGGUUAUCCUGGCAAGAGAUAUUAUGGAGGAGCAGAGGUGGUGGAUGAGAUCGAAUUGCUAUGCCAGCACCGGGCCCUGGAAGCCUUUGACCUGGACCCUGCUCAGUGGGGAGUCAAUGUCCAGCCCUACUCUGGGUCCCCGGCCAAUCUGGCCGCCUACACGGCCCUUCUGCAGCCUCAUGACCGGAUCAUGGGGCUGGACCUGCCCGAUGGGGGCCACCUCACUCACGGCUACAUGUCUGAUGUCAAGCGGAUCUCAGCCACCUCCAUCUUCUUUGAGUCUAUGCCCUAUAAGCUCAAUCCCCAAACCGGCCUCAUCGACUAUGACCAGCUGGCACUGACAGCUCGACUUUUCCGGCCACGGCUUAUCAUAGCUGGCACCAGUGCCUAUGCCCGCCUCAUUGACUACGCCCGAAUGAGAGAGGUGUGUGAUGAGGUCAAGGCACACCUACUGGCAGACAUGGCCCACAUCAGUGGCCUGGUAGCUGCCAAGGUGAUCCCCUCGCCCUUCAAGCAUGCGGACAUUGUCACCACCACCACCCACAAGACGCUUCGAGGGGCCAGGUCAGGACUCAUCUUCUACCGGAAGGGGGUGCGGGCUGUGGACCCCAAGACUGGCCGGGAGAUCCCUUACACAUAUGAGGACCGAAUCAACUUUGCUGUGUUCCCAUCCCUGCAGGGGGGCCCCCACAACCAUGCCAUUGCUGCAGUAGCUGUGGCCCUAAAGCAGGCCUGCACCCCCAUGUUCCGGGAGUACUCCCUGCAGGUUCUGAAGAAUGCGCGGGCCAUGGCUGAUGCCCUGCUAGAGCGAGGCUACUCGCUGGUGUCUGGUGGCACUGACAACCACCUGGUGCUGAUGGACCUGCGGCCCAAGGGCCUGGAUGGUGCUCGGGCCGAGCGGGUGCUGGAGCUUGUGUCCAUCACUGCCAACAAGAACACCUGUCCUGGAGACCGAAGUGCCAUCACGCCUGGGGGCCUGCGGCUUGGGGCCCCGGCCUUGACCUCUCGACAGUUCCGUGAGGAUGACUUCCGAAGAGUUGUGCACUUCAUAGAUGAAGGGGUCAAAAUUGGCUUAGAGGUGAAGAGCAAGACUGCCAAGCUCCAGGAUUUCAAAUCUUUCCUGCUCAAGGACCCAGAAACACGUCAGCGUCUGGCCGACCUCCGGCAACGGGUGGAGCAGUUUGCCAGGGCUUUCCCCAUGCCUGGUUUUGAUGAGCAUUGAAGCACCUGAGAAAUGAGGCUCACAGACUGGAAGUUUCCUCCCCCAUACCUGGGCCACUGGACGCGGAAGCCUUUCUGUUUGGGGGAAGGUUCCCCUUCCCAGAAUUCGUAGCUGAGAUCUUAUUUUUUGGUAGCAAGCCUUAACAGGAGGGCCGGGAACUUUCUCCUCUCACCCUCUGCCUUAUGAGUGUUAGAGACUCCUGCUUUCUUGGGAGGGAGGAGUAAGUACCCUUCUGAGCCAGUGGAAGGGGUGGAUAGGCACCCUCCUCCCUGUUUUAUCUAAUAAAAUGCCAACCUGCCCUGAGUUUCUAUUACGUGGGAGGGUCCCCUGGGCCAAGCAGUGAUUCGUCUCCCUCAACGUGCACCUCCCUGCCCUCCCACCACCACAAGGACCCCGGGGGGCUGCAGCCUCCUCUCUCUGUCUCUGAUCAGAGCCGACACCAGACGUGAUUAGCAGGCGCAGCAAAUUCAAUUUGUUAAAUGAAAUUGUAUUUUGCCCA